AUGUUUUGGGCUUUCUUUUUGUACGUACUGGCUGCCGUUGCCAUACAAGUCCCUUUGAGGGAAAGAUCGCUGGUCGAGUUCCAUAAGGAGAUCACACAGAUUGACUCCGAGGUUGGGAACGAAUACGACGUCGUGCAUUAUCUGGCUGAUUAUCUUUCUGCCCGGGGACUGACCGUUGAGUUGCAGCUCGUUGAAGAAGGACGCGAGAAUGUUUAUGCUUACUUGGGAGACCAAAGGAAUACUAAGGUAUUGCUGACCUCUCAUAUAGACACUAAUCCUGCUGGAAAGAUACCAUACCAUCUUGAAGGAGACGAAAUACAUGUGCGUGGAGCCUGCGACGCCAAAGGAAGUGUUGCUUCUCAGGUGUUUGCUUUUUUGGAGCUUUGGGACGAGAAAAUUAUUCGUGAAGGUGACUUGGCUCUCUUGUUUGUUGUGGGAGAAGAAUAUAACGGUAUAGGCUCUUUCACUGCCGUCAACGACCUCAAUGCUUCCUGGUCAAAUGCAGUCAUUGUUGGUGAACCAACAGAUAACAAACUUAGCGUUGGACACAAGGGUAAUUUUCGUUUUGAUGUCAAUGCCGUGGGCGUGUCAUGUCACUCAGGAUACCCGGAACAGGGUUUCAGUGCUGUGGAGUACCUGCUUGGCAGAAUAGAGCAUCUUCUGCAGCAAGAAUUUCCUUAUUCCAGUCUCCUCGGUCCAACUACAGUCAAUAUUGGCACUUUUCAUGGCGGGUUAGCUGCCAAUUUACUUGCUCCUUCAGCAAAGGCAGAAAUAUACAUAAGGGUGGCAGAAGACAUUCAGCUAGUUAAUCGGACUGUGGACAGGAUUUUUUCCACUUCUCACUCUAACUACUCGAUCGUUCAAAUGCUGGAGCCACAAUAUUUGGACCACGACGUUCCGGGCUUCGAAUUGGUGGCAUGCUCCUAUGCCACUGAUAUUCCUUAUUUCAAGGGCAAGACUGCCAAGCGGUAUUUAUACGGUCCAGGCUCCAUUCUUGUGGCACAUAGUGCCGAGGAGUACAUUCUGCCUGGAGAUUUGUAUGAGGCUGUCCGCGGAUACAAGUCCAUUGUGAAAUAUAAUAUAUAG